AUGAACGAUCUUGGUUUCUCCCUUCCAGCAGCUGUUAUGCCACCACCAGUUUCGUCCAUGAACAGCUACCAGCGCCCCUCAUUCAGUGAAGAUGGAGCAUCUUUACCAGGAUAUAAUUCUCUUCUGAAUGCAGUCAGCUCCUCCACACUAAAUCAAGAUAUUAGCUAUGAUACUAGCUCGAAAGAUCCACUGAUGGUCAGAGCUCGUGUCUUUAUCGGAAAUAUUAUUCGUGGCCCCAUUACUAGAGAUGAUUUAAUCGAACUUUUUAAACCAUUUGGAAAGCUCUUAGCACUAACAUUUUUCAAGCAAGGAUAUGCAUUCGUGCAAUUUUCUGAGGCACACGAAGCUGAUGCAGCAUGUACUGGAUUAAAUGGCAAGCGCUGGAAGGGUGCUAUUAUUGAUGUACAUUUGGCUAUGACUGGCCCUGUCGGAAAGAAGAAGUAUGAUUCUGUUGAAGGAAGUUUCAGUGAUUUUAGUCGAAAGCGAAGAUACGACGAUUUCAGUCGUGAAGAAAACGUUUUGGAUGAAACAGCUGAACAGAACAAAAGAAAUCGAGAUAUUGCUUUACGUGAUAUGACAUGCAAUGAAGAUCUUUCUGACAGUGUUAUGGCCGACACUUUAAUUUGUGGCAGCUGCCGUUUUGUAACCUGCGAUUUCGAAUCCUAUAAGGAUCAUCGUAUCGCUGGCUGUAAAUCAUUAAAAGUUGAUGGAGAACCCAAGGUGCUACGCUGUGCUUCAUGCAGCCAACGUUUCCUUAGUGCAUGGGCCCUAAUUUGUCAUCUUACUGACUUCCAUAGAAUGAUGCUUUGUCGAGUAGAGAAGAGCGAAGAAAAAAAUGAUGAUGAGUCUGGAACUCCACCAACCAAGCGCGCUGGACGUGCUCCAAGCCCUUCUUCGACAAACGGUCCAUUCAGUACCCACGAUUCGAGCGGAACUACUCCUGCACUUAACACUAGUGAUUUAUCAAUCGGCGAGAAUCGUGCUCCCUCAGCCGCAUCUUACAUUCCUAUUGGAACAUCUGCAGCCCAAUCCGUUGCGCCUCCUCAGGAGUGGAAUCCGCUAACUGGUCAGACCAUAUUAGGCGGAUCAUCAAUCAAGAUAGAGCAAUCAGAUAAUUUUUCUGCGAUUUACGGAAUGCGUUAG